AUGUUAUACCACACCCGCGUUACAUCAGAAGAUGGUCUACCCCGGUUGCAGCCUAGAGGAUGGGAGAGUAAGAUGGCCCUGUUACAGAGGCAGUUGGACUUCUUGGACCGAGGAAUGCAGGAUAUGAAGCAACAGGAGCGACGGAAUUUUCGUAUGGAUAUGUACUAUAGUAGAUAUAGGCCUCUCUCAAUGAUGGGUAAUCGAGAGGCUGUCGGUUCUAUUCCUGCGAGUGACAUCUUGUGGGAUCGCAACGGUCCGAAUAGGAAUCCGCUAUUAACCAGCCCAGCCGUCUCUGGCGCCUCUCGUGAGGAUCUUAGUGCUGAUUACAGAGUAAUCAAUCCGACUGAGCUACGGGAAAAACAAGAGCCGUCCAAGACCGUUGUAGACGACAAGGCAGUGCAGGCUUCCGAAGGUCAUAUAACAGAUCUAGGGAACCCAGUUGAAGAGGACCACGCUGACCGUAAUGGAAGACUACCGAUCGGCGAGUCGGAAAAUGAAUGGGAAAUGGCUGCUAAAGCGUUCCGUCAAUCUAGAGGUCUCGAUGGGCAGAUCACUUUCAGACCGGUUUCCAUGACGGUUCCACAGCGAUCUCGAGAAGAGCAUCAUACCGCUAGCGAGCUGCCAGCCUUUGAAGACUUACUGCGUCAAAAGCUGGAAAAUGCUGAUGAGAGUCUUCCCAAUUUCGGACAAAAAUCUGUCGAGGAGAAAAAGUCUGAUUUUGAGGAGGAAGCUUCGGCCUGUACUAUGCUGAGAAAGAGCCGAGGCUUUAAGCCUUUGAAGGCAAUACGGCUUUUUGGAGAUGGAGGGAAGUUUCCGUGUGUAGUGUUGGGUGAUAGAGGUGGUAAGGAAGACUAUGAGCUUCUUGUAAGUGGGUACUGCGGUAGUGCUGGCAUGUUCGCUUUCCUUAGCUGA